AUGAACAUUAACGGCAUCAUUGGGUCAGGAAUCGUUACUGCAUCAGGAAUUAUUUGGAACUCAGUAAAGUCUUCAGGAAUAGUAUUAUUAUUAUGGGUUAUAGGUGGAAUAGUCUGUAUGUCAGGAUCCAUGACUUAUGUUGAACUUGAUGUCAAACAUAAGAUAAGUGGAGGCGAAACAAAAUAUUUACAAACCGCUUAUCCAAAACCAAGAAAAUGUAUAAGCUACCUUUUUAGUUUCAUGUACAUUUUUGCAGUUUUACAAUCUGCUGCGCAAUAUUUUUGGUAUACUGUUAACGGACGUCAAUUUGACAUUGAACAGGAUAAAAAUGGAUGGAAUCUUCCAUUUUCUCCGUUCUGGGUUAUAAAAUUCAUCGUGAUUGCAAUGUUAUUUGUUAUAACAGCAUAUCAUAUGAUUGAUAAUAGACUGGCAAAUCUUAUAAACCAGUCACUCGCAGUUAUAAAAUUAGUCACAUAUUCAACGAUUGCCAUAGUUGGAAUUUGUAGAUUAUUUUUAGAUUGGAAAACAAGUCGACUCAAUUGGCAAAACCCAUUAGAUGGGAAUACAGAUUUUACAGCCUUAUAA